AUGUUUCUGAGACGCGCUUUUUCGUCAAUGUUUCAGAGCGUAAUUCGAAAAAAUUCAGCAAAUUCGUAUCACACAUGGCAUGCGGCUUGUCCACGCUAUUUCCCUCGUAGUAGCAAGCUUCCCUGGGCUCCUACUACGGCUCAUAUUCCUCCUGGACAAAUUGCUACCGAAAUAUUCUUUUCUGGCUACCGACCUCUUGGUGACAAUCUUGCCACGAGAACUAGCAACUUUGGAGCGACAAAAGAUAUAAUCCUCACUAUCGAUGGAGACACAAAGGACUCUAUACAACUCCCCACAACUUCUCUUGCUACUCAGGAGCUGUUUGCCGAGAGUGAGGGCUCCGUCACAGCAAACAAAAGCCAUACCAUGGAGGCAACGAGUGUAAAGCGGAAACGACGCCUGAAAAUGAACAAACACAAGUACAGAAAGAGAAUGAAAAAGCAACGUGCUCUUAGAAGACGACUUGGAAAGUAA